UCUGUCUGCCUCCUUGUUUGUGUGUUUUAUCAGGUUGAUUGGCAGUAAAGCGGCCCUAUGAUGGAGGAGCUUCACGACGUCCAGCUGACUGAGAUCAAACCACUCCUGACAGGACAGAAUGGGAGAAAUCUCCAGGACUUUGACUGUCAGGAGCAUGAUGUGGAGACGGCCCACGGUGUGCUGCAUGUUACCAUGAGGGGAGUUGCUAGGGGCAACCGACCCACAAUCCUCACCUACCACGACGUCGGACUCAACCAUAAGUCUUGUUUUAACAGCCUGUUUAACUACGAGGACAUGCAGGAAGUGACGCAGCACUUCUCAGUUCUGCAUGUUGAUGCUCCAGGACAGCAGGAGAACGCUCCUGUAUUCCCCACCGGGUACCAGUACCCCACCAUGGAUGAGCUGGCCGAGAUGCUGCCGUCUGUCCUGACACAGCUUCAGGUGAAGAGUGUGAUUGGCAUCGGCGUUGGAGCUGGAGCCUACAUCCUCGCCAAACUGGCUCUGAAUGAGCCCAGUCUGGUGGAGGGUUUAGUUCUGAUCAACGUCGACCCCUGUGCUAAAGGCUGGAUGGACUGGGCUGCCUCUAAGCUGAGCGGCUGGACGAGCAACCUGGUCGACAACAUCAUGGCACACCACUUCAGCUCUGACGAGUUGACUGAGAAUCAGGAGCUCAUCCAGACGUACAGACUCCACAUCUCUCAGGAUAUACCGCAGGAAAACUUGGCCAUGUUCUACAACAGCUACGACAGUCGUACUGAGUUGGAGAUAGAGCGGCCCGUCCCUGGUCUGAAUGAAAACACCGUCACCACCCUCAGGUGUCCCUCUCUGCUGGUGGUUGGAGACACGUCGCCUGCCGUUGAUGUCGUGGUGGAAUGUAACUCCAGACUGAACCCGACCAAGACCACCUUGUUCAAGAUGGCGGACUGUGGAGGUCUUCCUCAGGUGGUGCAGCCUGGAAAACUAGCAGAGGCCUUCAAGUAUUUUGUCCAGGGGAUGGGCUACAUGCCCACAGCUGGUAUGACCCGGCUGGUUCGCUCCAGGACUCACUCGGCCUCCAGCGUCGGCUCCACAGACGGCGUCCGGAGCCGCACUACACUGCCAGAGGACGGCAACAGCCCCAAACACACAGCGGCACGCACCAUCGAAAUGACCGCGUAGGACGGUUUCCCGCUCUUGUUUCCUCUCUUUCCUCUUCCAUUCCUCCUCACAUGCUGCGUGAACGUUCCUCUCCGUCGCAGCAGUUCCUCGUUGUAGUUGAAACAAAAAGGUCACAUCUAAGCAUCGUGUAAAGUAGAGACGACUUCAAUAUCUUUAGACUUCACCGCUGUCGUAAACGGUUCGGCCUCAGCGGCAGCCAUGUUGGCUCUUUAGGAUGCUGUUCGUACCAUCACUCGCCUGGCGCCAGGCGGUUCAUGUGGUGACGCUGUUGAUGUAACUGUACAUGGAGUCCAGCUGGUUCAUAUUUAUAUACAGAUGUGUUGUCUGCUGUUCAGACCAGAUCCUCUUCCUUUAGCUUAGGUCCUGAUCCAUUAUUAUUAUUAUUAUUAUUAUUAUUACUAUUACUACUCUUAUUAUUUUGUUGUGUUGAUGGUGGUGUUGGUUGCCGUGAAGCUCGUUUAUGAAACUGUCUUCCUACCGGUAAAAUAAAAGUGACUUUAAGGGAAUAUUUCACCCAUAAAUGUAGGCCUACAGUUUUUAAUAUCAGUUAUGUCUCUCCCACCCUGGACUGCCCGGGAAAUGAGUAAGCGGGGGAAUUUUAUACCAGAACAUAACAAAUUAAUAAAUAAAUAUGUAUAAAAACUCAAA